AUGGCACUGGUCCUGUGGGUCUUCAGCCUGCUGGGCUCAGUCUGCCUGGUAUCAGCCAACAUCUUUGAAUACCAGGUCGAUGCCCAACCACUUCGUCCCUGUGAGCUGCAAAGGGAACGGGCCUUUCUGCAGCAAGCAGACUACAUACCCCAGUGCUCUGAAGAUGGCAGCUUCCAGACUGUCCAGUGCCAAAAUGAUGGCCGUUCCUGCUGGUGUGUGGGUGCUGAUGGCAAGGAAGUGCCAGGCAGCAGGCAGCAGGGAAGGCCAGUGGCUUGUCUGUCCUUCUGCCAGCUGCACAAACAGGAGAUCUUGCUGAGUGGCUACCUUAACAGCACAGCCACCACCUACCUUCCUCAGUGCCAGGAUUCUGGGGACUACGCGCCUGUGCAGUGUGACCUGUGCCAAGGGCAGUGCUGGUGUGUGGACGCAGAGGGGAUGGAGGUGUACGGCACCCGCCAGCUGGGGAAGCCCACGCAGUGUCCAAGGAGCUGUGAAAUAAGAAACCGUCGUCUUCUCCACGGGGUGGGAGACAAGUCGCCACUGCAGUGUUCCACAGAUGGAGAGUUUAUGCCCGUCCAGUGCAAAUUUGUCAACAUCACGGACAUGAUGAUUUUUGAUCUGCUCCAUAACUAUAACAGGUUUUCUGAUGCCUUUAUGACCUUCAGUUCCUUCCAAAGCAGGUUCCCUGAGGUAUCUGGGUACUGUUAUUGUGCUGACAGCCAAGGGCGAGAGCUGGCUGAGACAGGUUUGGAACUGUUACUGGAUGAAAUCUAUGAUACCAUCUUUGCUGACCUGGAUUUGGCAUCCACCUUCACUGAAAGCACCCUAUACCGGAUAUUGAAGAGACGGUUCUUAGCAAUUCAAUUCGUUAUCUCUGGCAGAUUCCGAUGUCCUACAAAAUGUGAAGUAGAGCAGUUUGCAGCCACCAGAUUUCAUCACCCUUAUAUUCCAAGAUGCCGCAGAAAUGGGGACUACCAACCAGUACAGUGCCAGAUGGAUGGGCCAUGCUGGUGUGUAGACAGCCAGGGGACUGAGAUCCCAGGCACUCGGCAGCAAGGGCAGUUACCAUCUUGUGCUGAAGACCAGUCAUGCACCUCAGAAAGGAGGCAGGCCUUGUCCAGGCUCUACUUUGGAACCUCAGGCUACUUCAGCCAGCACAAUUUGUUCUCUGCUCCUGAGAAAACAUGGGUCUCUCAAGGAGGAGCUAGACCUGACACAUUCUGCUCACCCAGAAUCAAAGAGUUCUUUGUCAACUCUGGGCUUCUCCAUGCCGUGGUGGCAGGGCAGGGUCCACAGUUAUCCACGUCAGGAAGUCUGCUAAAAGAGGCCAUCAAGGCAAUUCUGCCCUCCAGAGAGCUGGCUCGCCUGGCCCUUCAGUUCACCACCAGCCCCAGGAGACUCCAGCAAAACCUCUUUGGAGGAACAUUUUUGGUGAACGUUGGUCAGUUUAACUUGUCUGGGGCCCUUGGCACAAGAGGCACUUUUAAUUUCAGUCAGUUUUUUCAGCAAUUUGGUCUUCCUGGCUUCCAGAAUGGAAGGGGAAUAGUAGAGCUAGCUAAGCUACUUUCUGGGGGAUUGGAUUCAAAUUCUGCCACAGAAACUUCCGGUACUUCUAAAGAGGUUGUUAAGAAUAAGACAGUUAUAGGAACUUUUGGAUUUGAAGUCAAUUUACAAGAGAAUCAAAAUGCCUUAAAAUUCCUUGCUUCUCUCCUGGAGCUUCCAGAAUUCCUUCUCUUCUUGCAACAAGCUAUUGCUGUGCCUGAAAGUGUAGCACGGGAUCUGGGCGAUGUGAUGGAAAUGGUGCUCAGCUCCCAGGCCUGUGGGGAAACACCUGGAAGGCUCUUUGUCCCAUCAUGCACCACUGAUGGCAGCUAUGAAGAUGUCCAGUGCUUUGCUGGAGAGUGCUGGUGUGUGGAUUCUCAAGGGAAAGAACUCUCCAGCUCAAGGGUCAGAGGAGGACGUCCAAGGUGCCCCACAAAAUGUGAGAAGCUGAGGGCUCGCACGCAAAGCCUCCUGAGCAGCCAGCCUGCGGGGUCCAGCCUGUUCACCCCUUCUUGUACUAAUGAGGGAUAUUUCCUACCCGUCCAGUGCUUCAACUCAGACUGCUACUGUGUAGAUGCGGAGGGUCAGGCUAUUCCUGGAACUCAAAGUGUAAUUGGUGAACCCAAGCAAUGUCCCACUCGCUGUCAGUUACAGGCCGAGCAAGCUUUCUUGGGAACAAUGAGAACCGUGCUCUCUAACUCCAGUGUGACACCCACUGUCUCCAGCAUCUACGUCCCACAAUGCAGUUCGACAGGGCAGUGGAGACCUGUGCAAUGUGAUGGGCUCCCAGAGCAGGUCUUUGAGUGGUAUGAAAGGUGGGAGACUCAGAACAAAGAUGCUCAGAAGCUGGCCCCUGCUGAGCUGCUGCUGAAGAUCAUGAACUAUAAGGAAGAAACUUCUAGAAACUUCCAUCUCUUUGUUCAAAGACUCUAUGAGGCUGGCCAACAAGGUGUCUUCCCAGGGCUGGCUCAGUACCCUUCCUUCCAAGAUGUCCCACUGACAGUAUUUGAGGGGACCCCAACUCAGCCAGGAGGGAAUAUCCUCCUGGAGCCUUACCUCUUUUGGCAGAUCCUAAAUGACCAGCUUGGCAGGUACCCAGGGCCUCUCUCAGACUUUAGCACACCUCUGGCCCACUUUGACCUCAGGAGCUGCUGGUGUGUGGAUGAGACUGGUCAGGAACUGGAAGGAACUCGGGCCGAGCCGAGCAAAGUCCCAACCUGUCCUGGCUCCUGUGAGGAAGUGAAGCUAAGUGUCCUGCAGUUUAUUAAGGAAUCAGAAGACAUCAUCUCAGCUUCCAAUACUUCAUUCUCUCUGGCAGAGAGUUUCCUAGUGGCCAAGGGAAUUCGACUGACUAAUGAGGAGCUCGGUCUUCCUCCAUUCCUCCUAUCCCGGGAAGCUUUCUCUGAGAAGUUUCUUCAAGGGGGUGAUUAUGCCAUUCGUUUGGCGGCUCAAUCUACCUUGAACUUUUACGGGAGCCUACGUUCUUCGCUGAACAAUUCAGCUGCAGGAGCCAUCCCUCUGCGGCCAGGCCCCUAUGUGCCCCAGUGUGAUGCAUUCGGGAGCUGGGAGCCAGUGCAGUGCCAUGCUGGGACUGGACACUGCUGGUGUGUGGAUGGGAAGGGAGAGUUCACCCCUGCCUCACUGAUUGCCCGCUCUCCACAGAUGCCCCAGUGCCCGAGUAUCUGUGAACAAUCUCGAGCCAAUGCACUGCUUUCUGGUUGGAAACAGGUAGGAGUCCAAGGAAACCCAUCUCUAGAAGACCUGUUCACCCCGACCUGCCUAGAGACAGGAGAGUAUGCCAGGAUGCAGGCAUCAGGGUCAGGAACCUGGUGUGUGGACCCAACCUCAGGCGAAGCGAUGCCACCCAGCACAAGCAGAGGUGCCCAAUGCCCAGGCCUCUGCGACAUUCUCAGGAGUAGAGCCUUGUCCAGGAGAAUUGGCCCUGGCUUCAUCCCAGCCUGUGAGGAUAAGGAUGGAGGCUUUACACCCAUGCAAUGCGACCAGUCCCAGAGCAGCUGCUGGUGUGUCCUGGGCAGUGGAGAGGAAGUGCCUGGAACUCGUGUGGUGGGCAGCCAGCCCUCCUGUGAGAGUCCACAGUGCCCGCUGCCCUUCUCCAUGUCCAGUAUGGCUGGUGGAGUGGUUCUCUGUGACACAGCUUCAGGUCCGGCAGGGGCCACUGUCCAGCAGUGUCAGCUGCUCUGCCGCCAGGGCUACCAGAACGCCUUCCCACCGCGGAGGCUGGUGUGCAACUUGGAGAGUCGACAAUGGGCAUCAGAGCCCCCUCACCCCCAGUCCUGCCAGAGGCCCCAGCUGUGGCAGACCAUCCAAACACAAGCGCACUUCCAGCUCCAGCUGCCUCCAGGCAAGAUGUGCAGUGCUGAUUACUCUGGCCUGCUACAGGCUUUCCAAGUCUUCAUACUGGAUGAGCUGGCAGCCCGUGGCUUCUGCCAGAUCCAGGUGAAGACUUUCGGGUCCCUGGUGUCCAUUCCUGUCUGCGACAAUUCUUCAGUGCAGGUGGGGUGCCUGACUGCCGAACGUUUAGGAGUGAACGUCACAUGGAAGGCACGGCUUGAGGACCUCCCAGCAGCCUCUCUUCCAGAUUUGUAUGACAUUGAGAGGGCCUUGGUGGGCCAGGAUCUCCUAGCACGCUUUGCAGAUCUGAUCCGAAGUGGCACGUUCCAGCUCCAUCUGGACUCCAAAACGUUCCAGGCAGAUGCCACCCUCCGUUUCAUCCAAGGCGACAGCGAUAGCACCUCUCCCAGCACACGGUUUGGGUGCUUGGAGGGAUUCUACCGUGUACCAGCCAUGAGGGAGACCAAUCAGGACCCUCUGGGGUGCGUUAAGUGUCCUGAAGGCAGCUAUGCUCAGGAUGAGCAAUGCAUCCCCUGUCCUGUUGGAUUCUACCAAGAGCAUGUAGGCAGCGUGGCCUGUGCCCCAUGUCCUGCAAGAAGAACCACUGUGAGCACCGGAGCAUUCAGCCAGCUUCACUGUGUCACGGACUGUCAGAAGAAUGAGGAGGGCCUGCAGUGUGGCCAGGAUGGCCAGUACCAAGCCAUCCAGAGGGACCAGGGAAGUGGAAUGGCCUUCUGCGUGGAUGGAGAAGGGCGGAGACUGCUGUGGUCUCAGACAGAGACCCCACUCUCUGACGCCCAGUGUCUGAUGAUGCAGAAAUUUGAGAAGGCUCCAGAAUGGAAGGUAGUCUUCAGUGCUGAUGCUCCUGCCAUAGUCAGAUCUAAAGUCCCUGUUUCUGAAUCUUCUCUGGUACAGUGCUUGGCAGACUGUGCAGAGGAUGACACCUGCAGCUUCCUCACAGUGUCCACAACGGGGUCAGAAGUCUCAUGUGAUUUCUAUGCGUGGACGAGUGACAACUUUGUCUGCACAACUUCUGGGCAGGAACAAGAUUCUUUGGGGAGCUCAAAGGCUGCAAGCUUUGGAAGUCUUAUGUGCCAGGUGAAAGUGAAAAAUGGUGAUCCAGAUUCUCUGGCUGUGUAUUUGAAGAAGGGCCAAGACUCACUGACAACAGACCAGAAGCACUUUGAACCAACUGGUUUCCAGAAGACACUCUCUGGGUUGUACAGCCCCAUGGUGUUCUCUAGAGCCAACCUGACUGAUGUGCACCUCUUCUGUCUGCUUGCCUGUGACCAUGACCCCUGUUGUGAUGGCUUUGUCAUCACGCAGGUCAGAGCAGGGCCCAUUGUCUGUGGACUGCUGAGCUCCCCUGAUGUCCUGCUUUGCCACGUCAGUGACUGGAGGGAUGCUUCUGGUGCUGAGGCCAGUGCUGCGUGUCCCAGGGUGACAUACAACCAGGAGAGCCUCCAGGUGACAUUGCGUGUGGGAGGCCAGGAGCUCAUGAAGGAUCUGACUGACCUAGAAGAAAUUCAAGAUGCUGCUGCCAGUUUCCAACAAAUUUAUCUCUGGAAAGAUUCGGACAUGGGGUCUAGGCCUGAGUCUUUGGGAUGUAGAAGAGGCACGGUACCAAGAGAGGAAUCUCCAACAGAAGCAGGUUUGGUGACAGAUCUUUUCUCAUCCGUGGACCUCACCCAGAUCAUCAUCAGGACAAACAUAUCACUACGCAGCCAACAGCACUGGCUUUUCAAACAUUCAUUUUCAGCCCAGCAGGCAAGCCUGUGGUGCCUUUCUCGGUGUAUCCAGGAGUCCACUUUCUGUCAGUUGGCAGAGAUAACAGAGAGUGGUCCCUUGUACUUCACCUGCUCCCUCUACCCAGAGAUCCAGAUGUGUGAUGAUAUCAUGGAGUCCAGCACCAAGGGCUGCAGCCUGAUCCUGCCCCAGCAGCCUAAUGCCCUCUUCCGGAAGAAAGUUAUACUGAAGGAGAGAGUGAAGAGCUUUUACACUCGUCUGCCAUUCCAAAGGCUGAGGGAUAUUGCUGUUAGAAACAAAGUACCCAUGUUUGAGAAACCCAUUUCCAAUGGGUUCUUCGAAUGUGAACGGCUGUGUGAUGCAGACCCAUGCUGCGUCGGCUUUGGCUUCCUCAACGUUUCCCAGUCAAAAGGAGGAGAGGUGACGUGCCUAACGCUGAACAGCAUGGGGAUCCAGACAUGCAGUGAAGAAAAUGGAGCGGCCUGGCGAAUUUUGGACUGUGGUUCCCAGGACAUUGAGGUCCGCACCUAUCCAUUCGGAUGGUACCAGAAGCCUGUUUCCUCGAGUGAUGCUCCCAGCUUCUGCCCUGUGGUUGCCCUGCCUUCCCUCACCAAGAAGGUCCCUCUGGACUCCUGGCAGUCCCUGGCCCUGUCGGUGGCAGUUGUGGAUCCUUCCAUCCAGGACUUCGAUGUUGCUCACAUCAGCACUACUGCCACCAGCAACUUCUCUGCAGCCCGUGACUUCUGCUUGUGGGAAUGCUCCCGUCACCAGGCUUGCCUCAUCACCACUCUGCAGACCCAACCUGGAGCUGUAAGGUGUGUUUUCUAUGCUGACACCCACAGCUGCACGUACAGUGUGCAAGGCCAGAACUGCCGGCUUCUGCUCCGGGAAGAGGCUGCCUACAUCUACCGGAAACCCGGUGUCCCUGCACCCCGCUUCUCAGCAGCACCUGCUCCUUCCGUGACCAUCGCCACCCGUGGCCAACUGCUAGGCAGGUCCCAGGCAAUCCAGGUGGGCCCUUCCUGGAGGCAAGUGGACCAGUUCCUUGGAGUUCCAUAUGCCGCUCCACCCCUGGCAGAGAGCCGCUUCCGAGCACCAGAGCCUUUGAACUGGACAGGCUCCUGGGAUGCCACCAAGCCAAGGGCCAGCUGCUGGCAGCCUGGUGCCCGUACACCCACGCCCCCAGGAGUCAGUGAGGACUGCCUGUAUCUCAACGUCUUUGUCCCCGAGAGCAUGGCCCCCAAUGCGUCAGUGUUGGUGUUCUUCCACAAUUCCAUGGAGGUAGAAGGAAGUGACGGACCACUGAUCAUUGAUGGCUCCUUCCUGGCUGCAAUUGGCAACCUCAUUGUGAUCACUGCCAACUACCGAGUGGGUGUCUUCGGCUUCCUGAGUUCUGGCUCCAGCGAGGCGACUGGCAACUGGGGGCUGUUGGAUCAGGUGGCAGCCCUGACCUGGGUGCAGACUCACAUUGGAGCAUUUGGUGGGGACCCUCUGCGUGUGACCUUGGCAGCAGACCGGGGUGGAGCUGACGUAGCCAGCAUCCACCUUCUUGUGACAAGGGCCACAAGCCCCAGGCUCUUCCGGAGGGCUCUUCUGAUGGGAGGCUCCGCCCUCUCCCCGGCCGCCAUCAUCAGCCGUCAAAGGGCUCAACAGCAGGCAGAGGCCUUGGCCAAGGAGGUCGGCUGCCCCUCAUCAUCCAGCAAGGAAGUGGUGGCCUGUCUCCGCCAGAAGCCAGCCAACAUCCUCAGCGACGCCCAGACCAAGCUCCUGGCCGUGAGUGGUCCAUUUCACUACUGGGGUCCAGUGGUUGAUGGCCAGUACCUCCCUGAAGCACCAGCCAGAGCGCUGCAAAGGCCUGCACGGGCCAAGGUGGACCUGCUCAUUGGGAGUUCUCAGGACGACGGGCUCAUCAACAGGGCCAAGGCUGUGAAGCAAUUUGAGGCACGCCAAGGCCGGGAAAACAGCAAGACAGCCUUUUACCAGGCGCUGCAGAACUCGCUGGGUGGUGAGGACUCGGAUGCCCGCGUCCUGGCGGCCGCCACGUGGUAUUACUCCCUAGAACACAGCACGGAUGACUACGCCUCCUUCUCCCGGGCACUGGAGAAUGCCACCAGGGACUACUUCAUCACCUGCCCCAUCAUCGACAUGGCCAGCCUCUGGGCAAGGAGCACCCGCGGAAACGUCUUCCUGUACCACGCGCCUGAAAGCUAUGGCCACAGCAGUCUGGAACUGCUGGCAGACGUCCAGUACGCCUUCGGACUGCCUUUCUACCCAGCCUACGAGGGACAGUUCUCUCUGGAGGAGAAAAGCCUAUCACUGAAAGUCAUGCAGUACUUCUCCAACUUCAUCAGAUCUGGAAAUCCAAACUACCCACAUGAGUUCUCACAGAAAGCGCCCGAGUUUGCAGCCCCCUGGCCUGACUUCAUCCCCCAAGCCGGCGGGGAGAGCUACAAGGAGUUCACUGCUCUGCUUCCCACUGGACGGGGCCUGAAACAAGCUGACUGUUCCUUCUGGUCCAAGUACAUCCGGGCCCUGAAGGCGGCAGAUGGAACCAAGGAUACACAGUCAGCUGGUGGUGAAGAAGAGGGCUUGGUGGUGGGGUCUGAGCUUACAGAAGACCCUCUGGACUCCCUGGAGCCAGGCCCCAAGAGCUACAGCAAGUGACCAGCUCUGAGCCGCCCAGCUGCCCGGCCAGCCCCUCCCCAUGGUGGUGACCUCAUUCUGUACCAUACCGCUUGAUCGCAAUAAAGUCUCAAUAUGCA